CUUUCAUACAUAUCCCUGAAAGCUUAUUGGUCAAUUUUUUUCUGCUGCCACAAUUCACAAUACUGCACACACGUGACCAUCCUGUGUUUAGUCAGUGUAACGCUUGCACUUAAAAGACAAGCAUUUGACAUUUGCUAACUACAUAAGCACUCUUUACACACUUUUAAUGUAAUCUUGACAAAACCGCUGCUCGCAGCUUCGUAUAGCUGAAAGUGGACCAUGGCGGCUGCCAUGAGCAGCAACACAUCCACAACCACGCUUCAGAUCAAGUAUUCCAGUAUCGAGCAUACGCGGAAACGCAUAGACCCUCGGAGGAGACAAGCCGCGCUCUCUUUUCUCAGUAACAUUUCUUUGGAUGGUCGACCCGUGCAAGAUGAAGCCGACGAUCAGAUCGAAGAGGAUAAUUCAAUUGAGGCCAGGACUAGACAGAGCCUGGUUUCCACAGCAGAGCGCCCGCUGUACGCGGCUGGCAGUGGCGCUGCGGUAGCAACCCCCACCGCCGCCCAGGCGCUCGCUAUUGCAAACCAGGCUCUGAUUGCUAACACCCGAGCCAGUUUUGGGAUUGGUCCCGCCGCUGCAGCUCCAGCAUGUACAGAUCCGGAAGGGGAUGCUUUCGGCCCUUCGAUUUUCAGUUCGCCCUUCUCUGUAGUACCAGCCGCGACUAGAAGCAGGCUUCAGACCUUCACUCAGGGAGUCGUGCCUGCUGCCUACUCCAGGCAGGCUUCCCAGGUCUGCUGUCUCGAGGGAGGACCGAUCGCCAUAUCGGGACUGGAACUGCAGAGAUCAAGACGGAGGCUCAUCUCUCAGCGUUCCUCCUUGGAGACACUGGAAGACAUUGAGGAGAACGCCCCUCUACGCAGAUGCAGAACCCUCUCAGGUUCACCUCGACCAAAGAGCUUCAAGAAGGUUCACUUCAUCAAGAACAUGAGGCAACACGAUAUGCGCAAUGGAAGGAUAGUCCUAAUCAGUGGCAGAAGAUCCCUUUAUAGUGUAUUUUCUGUCCUGCCCUAUCGAGAUUGUAGCCAAGCAGGGGAUGUGAAACUGGAAAGCGGGCGGCAGCGGCACCCCUCGGGCGGGGUCAGUGCCAAGGAGAUGGUGAUCGGGCUGGAGGGAGUGGAGCUGGGGGCCGACGGAAAGACUGUGUCGUACACCCAGUUCCUAUACCCCACCAACGCCCUGGGCAGCAGUCGCAGGAACACCAUAGACUCCGUGUCAUCCUUCACUCAGUCUCGUAACGUCAGCCACCGCAGUCUCAGCCUGGGCCGGGCCAACAGCAACCAGAGCAGCAUCGACACGGGGAAUGAUCUGGGGGACUUGAUCCGGGAGUACGACCCUAACCUGUUGGACGAUCCCCAGUGGCCGUGUGGGAAGCACAAGAGAGUCCUCAUCUUCCCCUCCUACAUGACUACGGUCAUAGAGUACGUCAAGCCUUCUGACCUCAAGAAGGACAUGAACGAGACGUUCAAGGAGAAGUUCCCCCACAUACGGCUGACCCUCAGCAAAGUCAGGAGUCUGAAGAGAGAGAUCCGUAAGUUGGCCCAGGAGGAGUGUGGCUAUGAGGAACCCACCGUAGCCAUGGCCUUCGUCUACUUCGAGAAGCUGGUCCUCCAGGGGAAACUCAACAAGCAGAACCGCAAACUCUGUGCCGGCGCCUGCGUCCUGCUCGCCGCCAAGAUUGGCGGAGACCUCAAGAAGCAUGAGGUCAAGCAUCUCAUAGAUAAACUGGAGGAGAGGUUUCGUGUGAACCGGAGGGAGCUGAUAGCCUUUGAGUUCCCUGUGUUGGUGGCCCUGGAGUUCAACCUGCACCUGCCUGAGAACGAGGUCAUGCCACACUACAGACGCCUCGUCCAGACCUCCUAGCAUUAGUGACCCAUCAGGAGGAGCACCCACACCCAGCCCUCCUGAUCCAGGACCAGGAGACCCACCCUACUGGACCACCCCACCUUACCGAGUACCAAGACCAGCUGGUCUCCCUGCAGCCUGGAGAUCCAUCAUGGACCAUAGUGUUGGAGAUCCUCUACACGCUACUGCAGGCCACAUUCAUAUGUACAUUUUCAGAUCGACACUUGAAAGCAGCCAAAGUUACCCGUAUUCUUACUUCAACAUUCUUCUCAGACUUUUACUUAUCUUUCUUUAACACUAUUUACACCUUCAAAAGAUUUGGUAGCUGAAAGUUGUCCAUAACAAUUCAUUUUUUUUGUAAUCCUUGCUUGGCAUGUUUUGGUUGCCUUAUGAUUGUCAUGAAGAAUGAAGCAAACCUGUCGCGUGGCCGAUUUUGACAGGACUGUUAUCUCUGUGCUUUUUGAAAAACGUUUUCCAGUCUCUCCUCACUAGAAGUGCACUUUUUGAAUAUUGUAGACAUGGAUACAGGCCAUUUUCGGAGACUCUUGACUGGGUGAGGGGUUGUGAAACAAACUAAUUCUGAUCAAUUGUUGACUCAAACCCCGUAAGGGAAGUUGAUCUAAAUGGCUUUCAAUAUAUUUUCUAAUCCAUUUCCUUUUUCUGUUUACUAGCCACCAAUCCCACUAUCCGCAUGACAAUUUCUCGACGCAACCUUUUCGAUUGCAAAAUACUUACAGAUUUAAUAGAAUUUUAUACUGUACAUUAUUCAGUACAUUUAAGUACUCUUCUUGUUUUCUACCUGUUGAGUGCUUGCUUUGGACAUUAUGUGAAUGGGCCCACUUAUCAUUCAAUGUGUAAUCUCCUGUGCUCUACAUUAGAGUGUAUUAUUGGCACGUUUCUAGUGCUUUACUGGAGUGGGUGGAAAGGUAUCGGAAGUAGGGCAUGAUGUUGCCAAUGCUACAGCUCUGAUAUUGAAACUGAACUUGAAUUAGCGUCAUAAUCACAAUAUCUGUCAUGACUUGACUAAGUGUUUGAUAUGGCAGGUGAUCAAUUUGUCAUGGUCACAAUAUGAUUGUGCCAUCUUUUAUGACGAGUGGUUCCAGUUCGAAGGUCACCGUUGUUAGUUUCCCAGUCAGUAUUAAAUAGAAUGUUGUUGCCCUGCCCGCCUGUAGGGAAAAUAACCUUGGCUCACAGCAAAAAACUUCACCUUUUUUCAAACACAAUUUUCUUGUUGUCUGCUUGUUUUUAUCAAUUACAAAGUGACAGUUAAGAAAAAUAAAACAUGUCUAAGGAUGACUUUUCAACAUUUGCCUGCUCUCAAGCAUUCUCACUACUUAGAAAAUCGUAAUAUUGUAGGGCUUCCCUCAUGCCCCUUUUCAUGAAGGCGCUAACGUUAGCCACGUGAGUGCUAGCUAGCUACCAACCAGAACAUUAAACUAGCCAAGACCAACAACACAAACAAACUGACUAUAAAGCUACAAGUAGCGAUUGGAGUUACACACGGACUAUACCUGUGAUUAAAUGUUUUCCAAACAAAUAGCUAUGUGCAGCCUACUUGGACACUGGGUCCCCACAAUUUCCGGGAUUUACCUGGUUACAUGUACAUAAGCAUGUACAGCGCAUUCGGAAAGUAUUCAGACUCCUUGACUUUUUCCACAUUUUCUUAUGUUACAGCCUUAUUAUAAAACUGAUCCUCAUCAAUGUACACACAAUACCCCAUAAUGACAAAGCAAAAACAGUAUUUUUUUUGAAAUGUUGGCAAAUCUUUUUUUUUUUUUUUAAAUGGAUCACAUUUAUGUAAGUAUUCAGACGCAUUACUCAGUACUUUGUUGAAGCACCUUUGGCAGCGAUUUCAGCCUCAAGUCUUCUUGAGUAUGACGCUACAAGCUUGGCACACCUGUAUUUGGGGAGUUUCUCCCAUUCUCCUCUGCAGAUCCUCUCAAGCGCUGUCAGGUUGGAUGGGGAGCGUCGCUGCACAGCUAUUUUCAGGUAUGUCCAGAGAUGUUCGAUCGGGUUCAAGUCCGGGCUCUGGCUGGGCCACGCAAUGACAUUGAGACUUGUCCUGAAGCCACUCCUGCGUUGUCUUGUGUGUAGAUUGAGGAUUAAAAAAAAAAGUAAUCCAUUUUAGAAUAAGGUUGUAACAUAACAAAAUGUGGUAAAGUCUAGGGGUCUGAAUACUUUCCGAAUCCACUGUACAUAAGAAUUUCGCUACACCCGUGAUAACAUCUGCAAAUAUGUGUUCGUGACCAAUAAAAUUUGAUCGAACAACACAGCAGCUUUCCGGCACGUUUGUUAUUUCUUCAUAACAAAAAAAUCUACGACGAAGUUGUGUCUUUUACAAUGGGGGUCAAUGGGAAAGAAUGUUUUUCUCCAAUUUGUGGGCGUGGUCGAGGGGAAUUCCUUCAUAUGACAUGAAUAAUGACUCAGAAUAUGCUAAUGAUAUUUGUGACAUCACAGCAGUGUUACCAAGAGUUUCUCUUGAAAAACAGGAAAGUGUUGUUUAUUUUAUGAUUUAUGAUUUUAAUCAGAUUGUAGUCAUACAGAAAAGAUGGAUAGUGCUGAAAUCAGGGUGAAAUACUAUUGUUAGAUGUUUUGAUUUCUAAGCCCAAAGAAUUUGUUGUAGGAUACACACUUACGGUUUGGUAGAAAGCUCAUGGUCAACAACACCAAAAUACAUAUGUGUAUGUUUGUAAAUAUACUGCCUUGCUUGUUCAAUAAAAACAAGAUUCCUGAAAUGUGA